GCUGCCAAUCUGAAAUCGCCAGUGCGUGUCCCCGUGUGUGUGUGUCUGCCUGCCUGUGUGUUUGUAUGCGUGCGCGCGUGAGAGGAGCUGGGUGAAUGUGUAGCCCAAGCGGGAGUGCGUGCGGCUGAAAAGAACACCUCUGCCCCCCGCUUCGCAUCGCCAGCAGCACGAGCCCGACCGACACCCCGCAGCAACAACUAGACGCGACACCGCAGCGAAAGUGUUUAUCUGACAUCACCAGCGUAGCUUCCGCAUCUGACGCCCCAUCACGCGCAGAAAGCAUAUGGUGGAGGGAGGACGCCGCAUCGCGGAUUCGUUAAACCGGGAAUAGGAAACGCGCAGGUUUGGAGGGGUCUGUUUGUGGCGUCUACUUUAUAAUUUCACAAACUGCCUACAAACCAAAGCGCACGUUCGACCUGCUUGACAAAACACAAACUCCUUAUCAUUUUAUAUUAUGGUCACGGAUCAUCAGACUUAAUACAAACGUUAUUUUCUAGUAUUUUUCGUCGGGAAAACUUAUGUUUGGGUCGCGUCUGAAGGGCCAAUUGAUGUUUUAAAUUUAAAAGCUUCCAAAGCUGCUUCCGCAGACGGCCGCGACGCCUGCCUGUGCCCCCCACACCCUCGCGCGCUCCCAGGAGCUGCUGACCGGUGUGCGUCUCCGUUAGCACGGCUUCACGUACCGCUCGCUUCCUUUAGCAGUUGCGUGGGAGUUUCACCGGCGGCCCCCUCGCGCCACAUCCCGCGGAAGAUGGCUGGAGACGCUGCGCUCAUCCCGGACGACCGCGCGUUUAGUAACUUCAGAGGAGAAUGCACGUGCGAGGCCGGUUGGGGCCUCAGUUACAACAAGUCCGGCAUCACCGUCUGGGUCCAGAUGCUCGAGGAGGAAAAGUCGCUUCACAAGAUCAAGUGCCGGAUGGUGUGCAAGGAUGUUUCUGCGGAGACCAUGUAUGACGUUCUGCACGACAUCGAGUACCGGCGCAAGUGGGACACUAACGUCAUCGAGACGUUCGACAUCGGCAAACUCACAGUCAACGCCGACGUAGGCUACUACUCUUGGAGGUGUCCAAAGCCUCUGAAGAAUCGUGAUGUCAUCACUCUGCGUUCCUGGUUGCCCAUGGGUAGUGAUUACAUCAUCAUGAACUACUCCGUUAAACACCCUAAAUACCCCCCUAAGAAGGACCUGGUCCGUGCCGUCUCCAUACAGACCGGCUACCUCAUCCAGAGACAGGGCCCAUCAUCCUGCACCCUCAUAUACCUGGCCCAGGUGGAUCCCCGAGGGUCUCUCCCCAAGUGGGUUGUUAACAAGUCUUCCCAGUUUUUGGCUCCGAAGGCGAUGAAGCGCAUCCAUAAGGCAUGUGUGAAGUACGCGGAGUGGAAGCAGCGCCACGCUCCGGCCCAUAAGCCCUGGCUGUACCCGGAGCAGAACAGCCUUCCCAGCAUGCCCCUCUCCGAGCUCCGCAUCCAGCAUGCCGACUCGCUGGAGAACAUCGACGAGAGCAGCCUCGCUGAGACCAAGGAGGAGCACAGCGACGACGAACCGCAUUGAGACAACACACGCGCACACACACACACGCACACACACACACACACACACACACACACACACACGCACACACGCACACACA